CAACAUCAACAUCAUCAUCACAUCAGUGUGAAUCAGUUUUUUUUGUUUGUUAUCCGAAGAGUAAAGUGAACACGAUGUCGGUGCGUUUUUUGUGCUUGUUUGUGCUGGCCUUGGCCAUGAGGGCUUCCGCCGACGGUCUGGAAAAUGCGGGCGUUCGCAUCGCGAUGCGUGUUUACGACGAGUGCAGCAAAUCCGAAGGAUUCUCCCCUUGCCUGAAGAAGAAGGCAAUCACCUUCCUGGGACGCUUGGGUCGCAUGGAUAAGCUCACCUUAGGAGAUGGCUUCAACGUGGUCAAAGCCGAAGACGCUCCCAUCUCUGAGAACCUCAUCUCCGAGGAGGAACUCGAGAAGACUUUACCGCGUGCCUCCGAUUCCGCUCUCGAUUCCAUCCUGAUGGACAAGAUCUCCAACUUCAUCGGCUCCAGGACCAUCCAAAUCACCAUGCCCAAAUUCUCAGCUUCGGAUCUUAGCUUCGAAGAAGGUCGUGGCAAGAAGAUGAAGGGUAUGAUGGGAGGCAUGAUGAUGGGAAUCGCCGCCAAGAUGGCAGCUCUGAUCCCUGUAGCCAUCGCCGGUCUCUUCCUCCUCGCUGGUAAAGCCUUGAUCACCGCCAAAAUCGCUCUUCUCCUCUCAGGAAUCAUCGCCUUGAAGAAAUUGUUGGCUUCCAAGCACAGCGGUGGUGGCGGCGGCGGUGGACACUCCGGUGGACACGGAGGAUGGUCUUCAGGAGGCAGCGGUGGCGGAUGGGACAAGAGGUCUUUCGACGAAUCCCAGCAACUCGCCUACAAAGCCUACAUCCCACAAUAAAAACCUCAAAUACCACACAAUCCAAAUCCCCAA